AUGCCUCUAAAAAGCAUUCGUCUGUUUUUGGCUGCCGCCUUGCUCACCACUGGUCUCCCGGGCCAUCAGGUGGUUGGAGCCCCAGUGGUGUCGUCGUCCGCCACAGAGGUCAUGACUGCAUCGAGUUUACACUUAGUUCACCGAAUUCCUACCACUUCUACUCUCAUCCCGACAAAGACGUUGUACGGGCCUGCUGCUACUGCGUCAAGUUCAAAUACUAAAAUUAACAAUGCGGUCGCGUCUCUCGACCCCAAGACCGGGCAAGAGACGCUAUGGAUGGCACUCGGCCCUCCGUACGGGAAGAAACACGUACUUGAGGCGACAUACCCAGUCAGAGACUUGCCGAUAGCCCCAAUCAUUGACAAAACUUGUGUUCGAACCGCAUUAGCGGCGUUGGCAAAGUACCGUGAAACGUGCUGUCAUGACCCUCAGAGCGACAAUUUCCACCGGGCUUGGUGCAGCUUUGCGCCCACCGUGGAAAAGUGUUGUGGAGAGUACAUACCGUACAACCAGUCCGAAUACCUCAACUAUCCGACAUACAAACGGAGGUACGAGGAAGCGACACCUAAAGACGCGCUAGACAAGAAAUAUCCCAGACGCGUCUGGUACGAGGAGGUGGUGGGAUUUGUCAAUGCGACUCGAAUGAUAAUACAGCACGAGCCAGAGGCGUACCGAACCAGAAAUAUAGAUGUGAAUAAAGAUUGGGAAGGCACAUGCGAGAUAUAUGCGCCCCAAUUUGACAAGGAGUAUUGGUAUUGGAUGUGGAAGCUCAAUAAAUACGCCAUCGAGGAUGCGGACGAGAAUGGGAAGGUCCUCGGAUUGGAAAAGUGGGGUCCUGAUAAUGUUAUUUACGACUUCAACACUCAGUGGCGGACAAUAGGGAGUGUCUGCCCUCCAAUCUACAAAAAUUCUACGCUGUGGCUCGAUCUAGAGAGGAUGAUCGUGAAAGAUAACUGGCAUUGGUGA